AUGGGAAGCAUUGCAGAUAUUAGGGUUGAUACUUCAAUUGGGGGAAAAUCCAAGGAAGGGAGAAACAUCAAAGAUGAUGUUCAAGCUACUACUAAAGAAGGUUCAAGAUUUUGGAAGAAAUUGAAGAUUUUUCUAGGUUGCAUGCUUUGGAUUUCCAAAGGGGAAGGUUCCUCCAACAAAGUCAAUCGAGGAAGAGUUGUUACCAAUGAUAUUGAUCAUAGAUGCCGACCAAAAAUUCAAAGAUCCUCAUCCAACACAAGGUUAAGUAGCAAUCGAAGAUCUUGUCCCGACCAAGAAUUAAUUGUGGCUUCUUUGCUUCUUCGAAGGUUUACCUUUCACGAUCUUAUGUUGGCAACGAGGUCUUUUAAGGUUGAGAAUUUUUUUGAUGAGGAAGGGUUUGGAAUUUUGUUGAAAGGUUGGAUUAAUCCAUAUGGCAACUAUGCAGCAAGACCUGGAAUAGGGAUUCCCAUAGCAGUAAAAGCACUUAACUUCAAUGGACUUCAACAUCACAAUGAAUGGCUUGCGAUUCAUAAUGACCCACAAGAGCAUGACAUUGUGGUGGUACAUGGUAGUGUGGUUAAGCAUAGGAGUGGGGCGUGGUGUGGCAAUGUGAUAGAGCAUGACAGUGUGGCGCAAAAGAGGCAUCAUGCAGAGGGUACUGCUAGAGGAGACUUGUAUGAGUAG